ACCAGUUUGCUUUUAAUACGCCGGCCAAAUCGGUUGUGUGUUUUUGUGUUGCACCUUUUUUUCGGUAGUGAUGUAAAAAUUUGUGAGAAACAUUUCAAUUUGCGCGUGUGUAUGGAUAGACGGAUUGAUAAAUGUAUGUGGAUUAUUGAAGUGUGUCAUAUGUUUUAGUGGAUGUUCGUUUGAACCGGCACCACGAUGGCGUUGCCGUCGCUUCUAUAUGUGAUACUUGGCGUCUCCGUCCCCGUUAUAGCCGAAAUCGAAAUGGAGUUCACCAAGUAUCCCGAGUCAGUGACAGCGCCGGUCGGAGACGAGGUGACCUUCGAGUGUGCGGUCCGAGUUCCGGGGGAGAGGCUUACGUGGCGCUGGCGGGCUGAUGAUGACCAAGAGUGGAGGGACUGGAACAAUGUGGACGGCAUCAAUGACAAGGACGGCGUUACCACGCGGCUGGUGGUGCAAGUGAGAGAGAACACUCCCACUUCUUUGUAUCAGUGUAUGGCUUGGUAUGGCUCGAUAAUUCUUGUAUCGAUCCCGGCGCGCCUCACCAUCGCCAAGAUCGAUCUCAGCAGGAACUCCCCGGAGAGGCGGGUCAUCUUAGCGCCUCUGCAUAACUCUGUGGUCCUACACUGUAAAGAGCCGAGGUCAGAACCGCCUGCGAAACUGAGCUGGUGGAAGGAAACAACAAAGGGUUCAAGAAAACAGCUCGACACAUCUCACGGAGUCCUCGUCAUUAACAACGCGACAGUAGAAGACAGCGGAACUUACGGCUGCACCGCCAUCAAUGACAUCAGCGAGCAGACCGCUGACUUGCCUGAGAGGACUUACUUGAAGGUGCAGCAUGAGGGACACGGAGGGUUCAGAUUCUUGGAAACGGAAGAUUACGUGGGAACAAUUGACAAAGAUCGAGUAUUGACUAUGCCUGUAAUGCCGGACAACUCUUUGAGGCUCUGGUGCGGCGCGGUGGGCACUCCUCAGCCAAGAGUCGUGUGGAGCAAAGGCACGGACACCAAUCUACCUGGUCACACCAACAGCCUGGUUAUAGAGAACUUUACUGGAGAACAUGAGGGCGUAUACUCCUGCUCGGCCAACGCUCUGCGUCGAUCGUGGAAGGUUGUAGCGCUGCAGCCUCCGCACUGGGAAGGCUCGGCCAACAGCGUCAACGCCAGCGAAGGCCUGAGCGCCCGCAUCUCCUGCGGCGUGCCACAUGGACAACCAGCGCCGGUGGUGCAUUGGAUGUUUAAUGCUGAACUGGUCAAAACUGGAAAGGGCAUAAAGGCUACAGACUCGGACAUGUACAUCGAGCGCGUGGAGAAGCGGCACGCGGGCGUGGUGCAGUGCUUCGCGUGCAACUCGCUCGGCUGCGCCUACGACGCCGCCAUGCUCACUGUCGUGCCGGUGCAGAUAUCUGAUCAGGACUAUUCCGCGGAAACGCCGAAGAUUCACAUACCUUCGCAGUCUCCCAAACGGCACAAUAAGAAAAAUCCCAGGAAACAUAAAGCGGUUUUGAUACCACCGUCGCGGCCCAAUGUGACGAGACUGUCGGACAAGAGUGUGAUGGUGUCGUGGUCCCAUGACAACCACGGCCUGCCGAUACAGUUCUUCAAAGUGCAGUACAGGGAAGUGACCAACUCGUCCAACAUCCAGUGGCACACUGAGAGCACCGACAUACCGACGCAUAUACAUUCCUUUGAAAUAGACGGACUCUACCCCGACAAGUACUACAAGUUUCGUAUAGCAGCGGUGUACUCGAAUCAGGACAACAAGUUGGGACGUAGUAGCGGAAAGUUCUUCCUGCAACGUGGCGGCACACAGAGUCCGAGAGCGCCCACGCUGGACAAGGCUACGUCUUUGUCGCCGCACAGCAUACAACUUAACUGGACGUGGUCGGCCCACGGCGGCGUAGAGGCGGAGGGUUUCUACGUGUACUACCGCGCCGUGUCGUGGGCGGGCGCCUACGAGAAGGUGACGGCUGCCGGCCACCAGCGCAGCAUGGUCAUGGCGCACCUGGCGCCCGACACGGCCUACGAGCUCAAGAUACAGGCCUACACUGCGCAGGCGCCCUCGGACUUCAGCGCCAUACUGAUCGCGAAGACUCAACGCGCGUUGAACGCUCCAAGUACAAGUACCGAGGCACCAGCUAAAGAGGAGGAGAGCGCGCCCGGCACUCUGGUGACGGCGGGCGGCGCGGCGGGCGCGGCUGCUCUGCUGCUCAUACUGGCCGGCACCUUCCUGCUGUGCCGGCGCGCUAAGAGACCGCACGCUGACAAAGAGAAAGGGCCCGGACCGGAAGGUGGCACUAAUAACGGAUACCUGCCCGCUAAAGUGCCGAUCACCAUCACGGCGAAUCCUAUGCAUGGAGAGGGCGGUGACAGUAGUGUGGAAAUGUCCUUCCUUCAUAACAACAAUUGUGGAAACAAUGCCAAUAGCGACGACACAUUACCACAUUCAAGGAAGAACGGACCAUCACGACAAUAUGUGUGAACAAAGAUGCUCAAUAUGAACUGUAUUGCGUAGAUGAUAAAGUUCAUUUUUAAAUAUGCAGCUCAGUGUUGCCAGUGUGAAUAAUUUUCUACCAUUACGGUAGUAUUAAAAUAAAUUUUAAAAUGCAAUUGUGAUAACUUUACCGGCCGAAGUGCAUGGACUUUUGAGAGUACAAAAGGAUAUUUAUUUAUAUUUUAGAAAUAUUGUUCGAGUGUGGGUUGGGUGACUAAUGACUAUGCAUUUAUGUGCGUUUAUUAGACGUAUUUAAAAUAAGAUCUAUCUAUAUAAAUAAGGAUUUUUUGAUAUAAGCAUAUAGUUCUUGGGCCUAAGAACAAAAUAUUUAUUCAUAACCAUAAAACUUUAUGUAUGUGAUGUCGGAUACUCCAAAGUUUCGGAGACGGCUUCGAAGACGACACCGUUUCAAUGUUUGUUAUCACUAAACAUACAUUUAUUGUCACUACCAGCUAAUAUUACCAUACAAUUUGCAAAUAAAUAAAUUGAAUUGGAUUGUUGCCUUCGGUGAGUGCGCGCAGGAACUUGCCAAUUUUAAAGAAAAAGAAAGAAGAAAAAAAAUCCUCUUUAGAAAAAAGAUCUUGUUCCUCUUUCUUCUUCCUAUCACAGAACAACAAGAGAGUUGCUAAGUUCGCGGCGUCUUGCUGUUCUGAUAUGUUCUGUACAUCAUUAUGUUGUUGAUAUCCAGGCAACUCGAGCUAACGCAAAAACUUGGAAUGACCUUCCGGGGUUUGUUUCCUGACAUUUACAAUUCAAACACCUUCAAAGCAAAAGUGGGUAGGCAUAUUCUAGGUAAGCGCGCUCCACAUAAUCCAAAUAUCACAUACACAAAGUUUGAGCAGAUAGUCAUGAAUAAAUAUUUCGUUUUGGGCGCAAAGACUAUAAGAUAGUAGGUAAUGUUAUAUAGAAUAAAGCAGGACACUUUUUUAUUAUAUUUUUAACGCUUAUUUAAUGUAAAUAUUUGACUUAAUUCUAAGUUCCAUUCCCAGUUGAAUAAUGAGUGAAUUAAACUUAAAUAACUUAAGCUAUACUUAAGUAUCGAUAUUUAAUAAAAUAAGACAUAAUAGAUCUGUUCACUAUACUCAAAAUGUUGCCAUUUAAAAAAACAUUUAACUACUAAUAUUUUGUAUUAUUUAACUUGUUUGAUAUCAUGUAAUUAAUUGGGCAAUGUACUUAAUAAAAUUAUCUUUAUGUUUAACUAUAAGAUAUUGUACUUGAAUAAUUUAAUUAAAGCAGAACUAUCAUUUUUAAAUACAAUACAUAUUUCUGUUUUAGGUUCAAUUUAACUAGUAAGUUUAGGUAAUUUGCUUACUUUAAAUAAUUGAAAGUGCCUAACUUGUUUUAUACUAAGGUAUUAAAGAUUUUUUUUCGUAAUCUCUCCUAUCAAACGCGAUAUUAUUUAGAUCUGAUCACGAGGGCAUGGAUUAGAAUCGAAAAUAAAUUGAACAUAUCAUUUCAUUUGCUUAGGUACUUGAGUGAAAUUUUCGUUGUGUGUAGUACAAUGUUGCUUGUUUACGUUUUUAUUUAUUUUCUGUUUUUACAACAUUUGUAGUUAUAGUCGGAUGCAAUCUUUAUGACGUCGCCGAAAUGAUGCAGGUGUCCUUACGCUAAAAUGCGGGGGUGAAGUCCUGCCGCCGCGCCCCUACGAAACCGAUGAUACCUAAAAUCUUGUAUUGCGCUGCUUAAUGCACGAAGUUCGGGAACAUCAUAUAGAUUGUAAAUGUCAUCCGAUUAUACUUAUUUGUGUUUUUUUUUAAUUAAAAAAAAAAUUAACUGAUGUCAGAGAGUAUUGCAAACGACAGACUGAACUUGUGUAAAGGUAAUAUAAAUAAAGUGCUAAUUUAAC